AUGCGUUGGGGAUUUGGUAUCGGAUAUGCAGCGGCCCUGUUGGGUCUUGUAUCUGAGAGACAUGCAGCAGACACCUCUGUAGUCGUCGAUGCCGAGACCGGCUUCACCUUCUCGCAGUACAGCGCCGCCUACAAGUUGGGCGCAGACAGCAUACUCUACCGCAUCGCCAUUCCCAGUCCAGCCUCGGAUAACUACGACGCGGUGCUGCAGGUCAUCGCCCCCACCGAUGUUGGAUGGGCGGGGCUGGCUUGGGGCGGCCAGAUGAUCAACUGCCCAUUGACCGUCGGCUGGGCAAGCGGAAACACCCCCGUCGUCUCGGUCUUUCAUAGCACCUCCCACAUUGAGCCGAAACCGUACACCGGCGCCACGCUACAGCUCCUCAAGACGGGCACCAAGGUGAACGCAACGCACUGGCAGUACACGGCCAAAUGCAUGGGUUGUACGUCGUUCAUCGGCAGCGACAACGCCACCAAGAGACUCAACCCCACGGGGUCCAACCGUCUUGCCUUCGCGGAAAGCAAGUUGAAUUCGGAUAGCGUUGGGGGUCUCACCGUGCAUGAUGUGUACAACUACUGGGAUCACGACUUCGCGGCGGCUGGGAACACUGAGUUUGAGUCGUUGGUUCAGAAGAAUAUGUGA